AUGGACACUGUCAAGGAUCUCCUGUCGGUGGUUGGAAGGAUCGAAGAGGCCAUUAAGGGCGCGGAUGCUGUAAAAGUGACGAUGCGCACUCGGAUGAAGGACUACGGUAGCGUCCUCCAAGUGCUACAAGGCUCAGCGCCCGCCAUGUUCGAGAACGAGCUCAUGAGGUUGCAGGAUCUGUUCAGUGAAAUUGAAGAUCUGCACGCUAAACACACGGCCGACCCUGAGGACGGCAGACCAGCCAAAAUUGCCAAGAGGGUCAACAGAGGAACCCAGCAUGAGUCGAUCGGGGAGGCCUUGGACGCUAUAGACAGAGAGGUCGUUCGGCAGUUCACCGCCAUUGCUGCAAAAUCGUCCAUCAACGCGGAGGCGGUGAAAAUUGCGUUGGAAGAAUUACGCCCUCCGAGCUUGCCGGACAUGGCCGCGGUCCCCGCAGGAGCGCUUGACUUGCCCCGCAGCAGCUAUGUGGAGCGAGCUGCGGUACAAGAAGUUGCCGACGGCCUCACCGGCCCGGAGGAGUCCCGUGCCCCCUACACCGUCGUCGGUAUGGGUGGGGGGGGGAAGAGCGUGCUGGCCUCUGCUGUCGUUCGCAAGCCGAGCGUGAGGGAGCACUUCCGCGGCGGUAUUUUCUGGGUCGUGGAUGCGCUUGUUCCUCUGGAAUUCAAGGUGCUGCUGACCACGCGUGAUCGAUCGGUUGUUGGUGUGCCAGCCGGAGGCUUGGAGCUGGGAGACAUGACGGAGGAAGAGGCGCUGGAGUUGCUGCGGACGACGAGCGGGACUGUGGGUCAGCCUGGUGACGAUGUCCGGACGAAGAUGACCAAGGUCGUUGCACUCUGUGGACACCUACCGUUGGUGCUCGCUAUCGCGGGUUCCAUGUCCGUCGUGAGAGGGAAAGGCUUGACCGCCGUCGCCUGGGAAGAGCUGGCCAAAGAGUUGGAGAACGUGGCCAAGAAAAUGCGAGCUCGGAGCGAGCAGUCAUCGUCUAUCAAAGUGGUCCUUGAGACCAGUUUUGACUCGUUGGCAGUGCGGAAGCAAGAAGAGUUCCUGAAGAUGGCUGUGUUGGCCGCGGGUGCUCUUGCACCGAUCAAGAUGCUGCGCAAUCUGUGGGAGAUAGAGGACGCUGAGGGUACGCGAGACGAAGCUGAGGGUCUGGUUAGCAAAUGCCUUCUACACGCUGUGGGAGGUGGUGGGUACCGUGUGCACGACCUGGUCCUGGAGUUUGCGAAGACUAGCAUCAGGGCAGAGGAGGAGACGAUGAAAAAGGCCACAGCGCUGCAGGCGCAGUACCUCGGCAGACUGGACGUGCUCGAGAGUUACCGAGACUCGGAGCACGGCGCUGGACACCAAGGCCUUUUCUGUUUGGAUGCCCUCUGGCGCUCGGUGGAGAAGCUCUCGGGGGACCCUGAGCUGGAGGUUGCCUCGUAUGGCACCAGCCUCGGGGAGUUGGAGUCAGGCGAGGCGACGGAAGCCGUGGGGACAUCCUACUGUUCUGUAGGUUUCUUGUUCAACAUCCAGGCGUUCGAUGGCAAACGUGCUCGCAACUCUAGUUCUUCGUUCAAUCUUUCGAUUGUCGUCGACGCUACCCCUUCCCACCAACUGGGCAAGUACGCGGAGGCCGAACCACUCUAUGAGAGGUCACGGGCCAUACAGGAGAAAGUCUUGGGUCCGGAGCAUCCUCAUGUGGCUACGUCGCUCAACAACCGGGCAUUGUUGUUGGAGAGCCAGGGCAAAUACUCGGAAGCUGAGCCACUCUAUGAGCGGUGUCAGGCGAUAAAGGAGAAGGCUCUAGGCCGUGAGCACCCAAGUCUAGCCACAACGCUCAACAACCGGGCGGGGUUGUUGAAGGGCAAAUACGCGGAAGCUGAGCCACUCUAUGAGCGGUGUCAGGCGAUAGAGGAGAAGGCUCUAGGCCCUGAGCACCCAAGUCUAGCCACAACGCUCAACAACCGGGCGGAGUUGUUGAGAGCGCAGGGCAAGUAUGAGGAGGCUGAGCCGCUCUAUGAGCGAUCGCAGGCCAUUCGAGAGAAGGUGCUUGGUCCGGAGCAUCCAGGCGUUGCCACCGUGCUCAACAACCGGGCGGUGUUGAUGUAUGCCCAGGAGAAGUACAACGCGGCUAUCCCACUUUUGGAGAGGGCCCUCUCAAUCUGUACGAAGAGGCUCGGAACCAACCACCCACGCACGGUCGGCACUCAGAACAAACUGAAAGUUGUGCGGAUAAUGGUUUCGCGCAGUUAA